AUGGCAACCAGACAAUCCAAUCAAACGCGACCGGUUAAACAAUCAACCGUUCAAAAACCACCAACACAGACGCAAACACGAAAGCCUGCUUCACAACAAUCGACUCCUCGACAAGCACCAGCUCGCCCUGCACAAACCCGCCCACCGGUAUCUCGACCGGCGGCACCGACUCCUGGACCAGCCCCUGUAUCUAUUCCAUCGACACCAGUCAUACAUCAUCCUACUGAUGUUAAAACAGGAAAUGGACACCCUCAACAACAACAACAACAUCAACCACCGGCACCAGCAGCACCACCAGUGCAACAUACAACAGAGAAAACAACGACAAUAACAACAACAACCACGACAACAGCAAAAGACGCUACAGAAAAGCCAUAUCUCGAUUACUUAAAUGAUUAUGUUGUUGACUGGAAAGAACCGAUCAAUCUUGAACCUAUCAAAUCGCCACGAUUUUCUAAUGCUGGUCGGCUGUCACCAAGAUUACGACCGAUAGGAACGCCGCCCAGUCUUGUAACAUAUCAAAAUCGGCAUAAUUUACGACAAGGUUCAAGCACAUUACCAGCACUGCCUUCUACUUUAUUUCCUACUGAGGGUGUCGAUACAUUCGGUCUUGAUCCACCUGACUAUCGCUAUGCUGAUAAUCUUAGAUCGUAUGGGCGAAAACCAUCACCACUAUCGAAUAUCAAAUAUACCAGUGAAUUCUAUAGACCAACCCAGACAUUCGGGAUGCAGACUCAUAUGAAUCUUCCGCCGUUAUCGAUGAGUACGGGCGGUAAUAGUGUAUUCACAUCACCGUCGCAGCGAUUAACAUUAAUAAAUGCUCCACAUUCUCGCUAUCCCGAUUUUGAUCGACUUGAUACAUUCAUUGCACCUGGCCUACGACAAGAACCAUCAAAUCUGGAUUUUGUGCCACACGAAGCAUUCACAAAUCAUUAUGUUGAAAAUUUCAUUGGUCAUUGCAUUGAGGAUCAAUUCGUACCUGAUAUUUUACAUGAGACUAUCAAUGAACUUGGUCUCGAAGCAGCCAGUGCAAAGAGACGAAGUCCUGAAAUCCACAGACAUGUUGUCGAUCCGUUUCGCAUCGAUACAGAUAAAGAUAUUGAUGAUGAGAGAAAUAGAACACAUUUGUAUUCCGAUGAUUGGGUACGUGAACUAGGUCUAAAAUCCCGUCCACGAUUGCCAACACCGGCUUCGAAUUAUGAAUCGCAUGCUCCAUCGGGACGAAGAAUAGAAUUCAAAGAAGCUCCUCCAAUACGAACACAUACACCAUUACGCUUUCAUGAAAUGAUGCCUGAUGCUCAAAAUCAUCUGAUAACAACUCUUAAUCAAGAACUAAUCGAUUACGAAUUAGACGAUUUAUUACGAGAUUUAAGUCGAAAUAUCAUUGCUGAUAGAGCAAACGAUGUUCCCGUAUUGAAUGAUGAUAUUUAUUAUCAACCGAUAAUACCACAAGAAACCAGACGCGAAACACCAAAACGUCUCCGAGAUGAAGAUAAUUUAAUACAAAGAUAUAUAAAUCAAACUGAUUCAACUGUAGAUUAUGAUGACACUCGUUCACGAUUAUUAGAUGGUACUAUGCUUGACAAUUUAAUUCAUCACUACAGUGCUAGAGAUGAAUAUCGUUACUAA